AUGGAAGACCCCCUGGAUCACCUUGAUGAGUUUGAUCGUCUCUGCAGUCUCACCAAGAUCAAUGGGGUCAGUGAGGACGGUUUUAAGCUACGUCUCUUUCCAUUCUCUUUGGGUGACAAAGCUCAUCAAUGGGAGAAAACUCUUCCUCCAGGAUCUAUCACUUCUUGGGAUCAAUGCAAGCAGUCGUUUCUUGCCAAGUUUUUCUCCAACUCUAGAACUGCACGUCUGCGCAAUGAGAUCUCUGGGUUCACUCAGAAGAAUGGAGAAACGCUUUGUGAACCCUGGGAACGCUUCAAAAGUUAUCAGUCUCAGUGCCCCCACCAUGGUUUCACCAAGGAGUCUCUCCUCAGUACUCUUUACAGGGGUGUUCUCCCAAAGAUCCGGAUGUUGUUUGACAAUGCCAGCAAUGGCAACUUUCUGAACAAGGACGUCGACGAAGGUUGGGAGCUUGUUGAAAACCUAUCCCAAUCUGAUGGCAACUACAAUGAAGAUUAUGAUAGAACCAUCAGGGCAAGCACAGAUUUUGAUGAGAAGUACAAGAAGAAGAUGAAGGCUGUGAAUGAUAAGUUGGACAAGCUAUUGAUGAGCCAGCAGAGGAACAUCUAUUUCGUCUCUGAAGACGACCCUUUCCAGAUUCUGAAUGGGGAGGGAGAACAACCUAAGGAGAUAAGUUAUGUCCAGAACCAAGGUUACCAACCUCCAGCAGGACCACCACUAGGAUUCCAUCCUCAACAGGCUCCACCUCCAACAGCACCAGACCAUGACAUGAAAAACAUGCUUCAGCAACUCCUACAGGGACAAGCAAGUGGCUCCAUGGACAAUGCUAAGAAGUUUGCUGAGCUGACUCAGAGAUUGGACUGCUCAUACAAUGAUCUGAACAUGAAGAUUGAGACUCUGAAUUCCAAGAUCAAGUAUAUGGAGGGCAAAACUGCUUCAACUUCUGCCCCAAAGCCUGGCCAACUUCCAGGAAAAGCUGUUCAGAAUCCUAAGGAGUUUGCUCAUGCCAUCACGCUGAGGAGCGGUAAAAACUUGCCUCCUAGACAAGGACCUGUUGUAGUCACUGAGGACAGUGAAGACUUAGAAGGGGAGGAUGUAUGUCAGAAUGAAGAUCCGGUUGUUCCUUUGGAAGAAUCAGAAGUCGUACCUGAAGAAGCUCCUCAGCCUGCUGAGAAACAUGCUGAAACAUCUGCAGCAUCCAAGGAUAAACCUGCGAGAUACGUUCCCCCACCAUACAAACCACCUCUACCAUUUCCAGGACGAUUCAAAAAGCAGCAAGCUGAGAAGUAUAAGGCUUUAUUUGAAAAGCAAGUGAGAGAGAUUGAGUUGAGAAUGCCAUUGCUGGAUGCAUUCGCACUUGUCCCUCCUUAUCAGAAGUUCCUCAAAGAUUUGGUUAUGGAGAGAACAAAAGAAGUACAGGGCAUGGUGAUAUUAAGUCAUGAAUGUAGUGCCAUUAUCCAGAAGAAGAUCACUCCCUUGAAACUUAAGGAUCCUGGAUCCUUCACUCUACCCUGCUCACUAGGCCCCCUAUCUUUCAGCAGAUGCCUAUGUGAUCUUGGAGCUUCUGUGAGUCUUAUGCCAUUGUCUGUGGCUAAGCGUUUAAGAUUCACAAGAUACAAGGCAUGCAACAUAUCUCUCAUUCUAGCUGACAGAUCAGUGAGACUCCCACAUGGACUCUUGGAAGACCUGCCAAUAAGAAUUGGUGUUGUUGAAGUUCCCACAAAUUUUGUUGUCUUGGAAAUGGAUGAAGAGCCUAAAGAUCCCCUGAUUCUUGGAAGACCAUUCCUAGCCACGGCUGGAGCUAUCAUUGAUGUUAAGAAUGGGAAGAUAGACUUAUGCUUGGGAGAAGAUUUCAAGAUGACAUUUGACAUCAAGGAGUCUAUGAAGAAAUCAACAAUCAAUGGCAAGGUAUUCUGGAUAGAGGAGAUGGAUCAGCUAUCUGAUGAGCUUUUAGAAGAACUUGCUGAGGAGGAUCAUCUCAAGACAGCAUUGACAAAGAAUGGAUCAGAUGGAUUUCUUCAAGCUGAGACAAAGGUCUACGAAACGUUACUGGAUACCUACAAGGCAACUGAUGAUUCAGAACGUUUUGAGGAAUUGGAUAAGUCUGUCAAGGAGGUAUGCACAGUAGAGGAUGAAGUCAGAGGCAGCCCGAUCACUCACCCUGCUGUUGACCCUGUCAAUGCGGCUGAUGAUGACUGGUCAGAGUUAAAAGCUCCCAAGUUUGAGCUCAAACCGCUACCCUUAGGACUGAGGUAUGUAUUCCUUGGAUCCAACUCUACUUAUCCUGUCAUUGUGUAUGCUAGCUUGAGUAAUGAGGAAUUAGAGUUGCUAGUCACUGAGCUUAGAAAAUAUAGAAGGGCCAUAGGUUAUUCCUUAGAUGAUAUCAAGGGGAUCUCACCUAGUCUCUGCAUGCAUAGGAUUAAUCUGGAAAACGAAUCAUACUCUAGUAUUGAACCUCAAAGGAGACUGAAUCCUAACCUUAAGGAAGUUAUCUAUCCUAUCUCUGAUAGUACUUGGGUAUCCCUAGUACAUUGCGUACCCAAGAAAGGGGGAAUUACAGUGAUAAAAAAUGAAAAAGAUGAAUUGAUCCCCACUAGGACUAUCACUGGCCAUAGGAUGUGCAUUGAUUACAGAAAACUGAAUGCUGCAUCUAGGAAAGAUCAUUUUCCUCUUCCUUUCAUUGAUCAAAUGUUAGAACGAUUAGCCAAUCAUCCCUACUACUGUUUCCUUGAUGGAUAUAGCGGAUUUUUCCAAAUUCCUAUCCACCCAAAUGAUCAGGAAAAGACUACUUUCACUUGUCCCUAUGGCACAUUUGCCUAUAGACGCAUGCCUUUUGGUUUGUGUAAUGCACCUGCAACAUUUCAGAGGUGUAUGACCUCUAUAUUCUCGGAUUUGAUAGAGGAGAUGGUGGAGGUAUUCAUGGAUGAUUUUUCCGUGUAUGGCUCCUCCUUCUCCUCAUGUUUGUUGAAUCUCUGCAGGGUAUCAGAGAAAGGGAUUGAGGUUGAUAAGGCAAAGAUUGAGGUCAUGGUGCAGUUGCAGCCUCCCAAGUCAGUCAAGGAUAUAAGGAGUUUCCUUGGGCAUGCUGGGUUUUACAGAAGAUUCAUCAAGGACUUCUCAAAAAUUGCAAGACCCCUUUCAAGACUGCUGUGCAAGGAGGUCGAGUUUGUCGUUGAUGAGAGCUGUCUGGAAGCUUUCAACAAGAUCAAGGAAGCGUUAGUCUCAGCACCAAUAGUCCAAGCUCCAGACUGGGAUCAUCCUUUUGAGAUAAUGUGCGAUGUCUCAGAUAAUGCAGUAGGGGCUAUGUUGGGGCAGCGAAUAGAGAAGAAACUGCAUGUCAUCUACUAUGCGAGCAGAACCCUUGAUGAGACACAAGGGAGGUAUGCAACAACAGAGAAAGAGCUUUUGGCUGUAGUCUUUGCGUUUGAGAAAUUCAGAAGUUACCUGGUGGGAUCAAAAGUGGUAGUCUAUACAGACCAUGCUGCGCUUAGGCAUAUAUACUCCAAGAAGGAUACCAAACCGAGACUGCUGAGAUGGAUACUUCUACUCCAGGAGUUUGAUAUGGAGAUUGUUGACAAGAAGGGGAUAGAGAACGGCGUUGCUGAUCACCUGUCCAGAAUGAGAAUAGAAGAUCCAAUCCCUAUUGAUGACUCUAUGCCUGAAGAACAUCUUAUGAGUAUGCCCUGGUAUACGGAUGUGGUUAACUACAAGGUCUGUGGAGAGAUUCCUGCAGACAUGGAUCCUUAUAGGAAAAAGAAGUUUUUCAGAGAUGUCAACCACUACUUCUGGGAUGAACCUUACUUGUACAAGAGAGGUUCAGAUGGGCUGUUUAGGAUAUGCAUAGCAGAAGGAGAAGUGCAGGGAUGUGACGCUUGCCAGAGGAUGGGUAACAUCAACAGAAGGAAUGAGAUGCCUCAGAAUCCGAUUUUGGAAGUAGAAAUUUUUGAUGUUUGGGGAAUUGAUUUCAUGGGACCGUUCAACCCUCCCUCAAAUGGCAACGUCUACAUUCUGGUUGCAGUUGAUUAUGUUUCAAAAUGGGUUGAAGCCAUUGCGAGUCCCACUAAUGAUCACAAGGUUGUUCUGAAACUGUUCAAGAGCAUCAUUUUUCCCAGGUAUGGAGUACCAAGAGCAGUGAUCAGUGAUGGUGGUACACACUUCAUCAACAAAGUUUUUGAAAGCAUGUUGAAGAAGUAUGGUGUGAAGCAUAAGGUGUCUACAGCCUACCAUCCCCAGACAUGUGGACAAGUUGAGGUCUCCAACAAGCAGAUGAAAGGAAUCUUGUCAAGAGUUGUUGGGGUUUUGAAGAAAGAUUGGGCUACCAAGUUGGAUGAUACUCUAUGGGCAUACAGGACAGCUUUCAAGACACCAAUAGGAAGGACACCUUUUCAGCUGGUGUAUGGUAAAGCAUGUCAUCUCCCUGUGGAGAUUGAGUAUAAGGCGCUUUGGGCUAUCAAGCUUCUGAACUUGGACAUUGAUGCAGCCCAGGCAAAGAGAGUUCUUGACAUCCAUGAACUUGAGGAAAUCAGACUUGAUGCUUUUGAAAGUUCAAAAAUCUACAAGGAGAGAACCAAAGCUUUCCAUGACAAGAUGAUUGUUGUUAAGGAGCUUAAGGCUGGAGAUCACGUCUUGCUGUUCAAUUCCAGACUUAUGCUGUUUCCUGGAAAGCUCAAGUCUAGAUGGUCUGGACCAUUUGAAAUCAAGGAUGUUUUGCCAUUCGGUGCGAUCACUCUCCUGAACAAGGAUGGCAGCGAGUUCACUGUGAACGGUCAACGUCGUCGUUUGUCAACGAGUGAUGUCCCCGCACGCUACAGAACUCCUUCUCCAUCACGUCAUUCCGCUUAUGAGUAUAGAGAGCAUAAUGUUUCUUCUUCUCCUCUGAGACAGUCCUCCCCUGAGCUUAGGGCUAGCAAAAAGAAGGAGAAACGGAAAAAGAAGAAGGCAGCGAGACGGAAGGCAAAAGCCAGUUCAUCACACUUGUCAGAGGAGCAUCAUGUUGAGGAUCUGACCAUGGAUCAAGCUGAGGAUCACAUUGAAGACCUGACUAUUGAUCCAGGUGCGUAUCAUUUCCAAGACCUCACUGCGGAUCCUGUCGAGCAGAACGUUGAGCAACCAGCAGAGGCACCUCCUGUCCCGCCUGCACCAGGUGCUUAUACAAGCGAGUCUAUGACUCAAUACCUGGAUUGCUAUUUUCAGUAA